CUAUGCAGCAGUCGGAUGACACGCUUGUUUUUUAGAUUAGGCUUUUGGUGGGAGGUUUAGAUUAAUGCUGUGUAUACAAAAAAAUAGAGUUUAAUAAACAUGUUGAAAACAUAUCGAGGAAAAGUUGUGGUCUCUCUUGCGGGAGCCACGGUCACCUGUCUGGGGUUUCUGUUGUUUCUGUCGCAGCAUCAGCGGAUUCAGGCGGACGGGAUGCAGAACGAGAGCGAGGUCGGGCUGCGCUCUCUUCAGAGUCUGGGAGAUUCAGAGACUGAUGAUGGAGCUCAGCCAGAGCAGAAUGCAAAGAAAGGAUUCUCUGCCUAUUUUUCCAAGCUGACCCGCAGCAGGAGGGAAGCGGAUAAGCCCAGCGAGGCGCUCGGAGCGGCGACAGACGCGCCGCCUGCGGAGGACAUCAGCGCGGAUGACAUCUUCAUCGCAGUGAAGACCACUAAAAAGUUUCACCGGUCCAGACUAGAUCUACUGCUCGACACCUGGAUCUCCAGAAACAUGCGACAGACAUACAUCUUCACAGAUGGCGAGGAUGAGGAGCUGAAGAAGAAAAUUGGAAGCCAUGCUAUCAACACCAACUGCUCUGCUGCCCAUAGCCGCCAGGCUUUGUCCUGCAAGAUGGCUGUUGAAUAUGACAAGUUCAUUGAGUCUGGAAAAAAGUGGUUCUGUCAUGUGGAUGAUGAUAACUAUGUGAACACAAAGACACUUGUGAAGUUGCUGUCCAACUACCCUCACACUCAGGACAUGUAUAUUGGCAAACCUAGCCUGGACAGGCCAAUAGAGGCUACAGAAAGACUUGGGGACAACAAAAUGAGACCUGUGAAUUUCUGGUUUGCCACUGGAGGAGCAGGCUUCUGUAUCAGUCAUGGUCUAGCAUUGAAGAUGAGUCCAUGGGCAAGUGGUGGCCAUUUCAUGAACACUGCCGAGAAGAUUCGUCUUCCUGAUGACUGUACCAUUGGCUAUAUCAUUGAGUCAGUUCUUGGGGUCCCUUUGACCAGAAGCAGCUUGUUCCACUCACACUUAGAGAACCUGCAACAGGUGUCCAAAUCAGAAGUACACAAACAGAUUACAUUAAGUUACGGAAUGUUUGAAAACAAGAGGAAUAUCAUCAACAUGAAAGGGGCUUUCUCUGUUGAGGAGGACCCAUCCAGAUUCAAGUCAGUGCACUGUCUGCUGUAUCCAGACACUCCUUGGUGCCCUCCUCAGGUUGCCUAUUAAGGCGACCGGCUCCUCUGUUGUAUCCUCGUCCCUCACUGCCUCGGUAUCUGAAAGGCAUGAGGGACCAGUGUGGUAUUGGGCUGUGUGACCGCUGCGUUUACUCUGCAGUGGCGCACGGCCUUUCGCGGUUAUUCUGGGCUGCUGUGCGGCCCGCCUUUAAACAGUUCCUUCCUGCCUGGUGCCUGAGCUUCCUGUCCGACUCAGACACGACGCAGGGCCCGGCUUUCAGAAGGACGCUUUCGUCGCCAAGCUUCGCAUGCAAUCAACUGUGCUUUACGUCAUUACUGUUGCUUGUAUCCCAUUUGCAAUUCUCAUAGAAUGUAACUUUCUAGUAUACCCAAGCCUUUUGCCAGCUUUAUACGCUUAGUUUUAAAAUUCCAAUUAGCAGAUACUUUAUAUUGUUUAUUUCUCUCUCCAAAUGUCAUUCACAACGUUGUUUUUAUCCCUCAGGUAUGAUUUAAGGAUUGAUAUAUAUAUAUUUUUUUAAAUAUUCGGAGAAAAUCAGUAACAUGGGUGCUUUAAUCAUCUAAACCAGUGUUUCUCAACCACGUUCCUGGAGGACCACCAGCACAGUUUCCAUGUCUCCUUAACCAAACACACCUGAUUCAGAUCAUCAGCUCAUUAGCAGAGACUGAAAGACCUGUAAUGGCUGUGACGGACAAAGGAGACAUCUAAAACAAGCAGUGUUGGUGGGCCUCCAGGAACGUGGUUGAGAAACACUGCUCUAAAGGACUCCGGACACAAUUAAUGAAAUGAAGGUCCGUUUUAUUUGUGAAUUUCUUUCUUUAAUGUCAGUGUUAUUAUAAUUAUUGUUGCUGUUUAGUUGAUUUUGAUGGUUUGUGCUGGCAAUAGGCAAAUAUUCCGAACAUGCUGGCAGGUUAUUUUAAUCUGCAGUAUAUGAAGAUUGAGCACUUUUCUCCCUGAAAUCUGGGCAUUUUAUUGUGAUUUGAUUUUAUAUCCUAAAGUUGUGUGAAAAAAAAUGUAUCAAGUGCCCUAAAUUUUAAGAUCUUUAUAUUAUUUAAUGCCAAUGCAUUCACACAAUCUUUGCAGAUAUAUAUGAAGAGAUUUUUGGCAUGAUUUAUUAUAAUAUUUUAUUCUUAGCUUUUGCUUAAAUAU